GCACCUAAGCAAUCAGGCGCACGAGCAAGCCGGCGCAUGUCUGCGGCGGGGCCGCUGCGAGUGCGCGGCCAUGUGCACCUAGCGCGCGCUGCCCUGGGUCGGGGGCGCGACCGGGGCGCGGCUGACCUGCGGGGUACAGGGGCUCCGGGAGCGGCACGGGCUGGGAGGGCGAGGCCGGCACUCGCUACCGUGCCCUAGCCGGUUCUAUCUGGAACAGAGAGCAGGAAAGGGCCUUAGGUGGCCAUGGGGUUCCAUGCCGGCAAAGUGCACACGGCGGCGCAGAUGUUACAUCAGGCUCCUAUGUAAGGAAACGACUGUGAUCAUUUGUCAUGGCGUAUGGCUUGCCAAGAAGGAACACAGUACAGACCAUUUUGAAGGGCAGCUGUUAUAAAGUACAGGAACCAUGGGACCUUGCGGAGCUCACAAAGACCUGGUACACAAACUUGACGAACAUGAAGCUGCCGUUCUUGGGAGAAAUCGCAUUUGGUAGUCCUAUGAAUCUCUUGGCAAGCCAAACCAAACAGGAAUGCAAGUUUCCUUCAGUGCAGUCCAUGACACUUGAAAAGGAGUAUGAAACAAAGCGCCUAACAAAACUGAAGUGUCAGGAGAAUGUGUGUAAGGAAAUCCAGGUUUCACUGAGGGAAAAGAAAGUCGGCCUGAGAAGACCACUUCAGCCCAAGUGACCCGACUGACAUAUUGUUGAAGGUGAACCUGUUUCCAGCAUCCAUAGGGAUGAAGCUCUUGGAUUCUGUCAUAGUGUCAAGUAGACACAGCAGCGUGUCUAUGGGCAAUGAGGCAAAUGUUUCUAGACACCGCUUGGUGGACACUGUGACAGAGCCCCCCGGGUUCCUGCUACACUCUUGUUCUUUGUGUCCCAUACAGCAGCCCUCCCUAUAAGUAGAUGAAAACACAUCUGGGGUUGA